AUGGCCAGCUUGCUGGCGGCUUACUCCUCGUGGCUACAACGUCGGCCACUGACCACGAAAGGAAUCAGUGCUGGGCUCCUCUUCAGCCUCGGUGACUGGUUGGCUCAAAAACUUGAGUCGGGUGGCGCCUCUCCCGAUCUGCAGCGGCUGGCGGCCUUUGGAAGCUUUGGAGCAUCCUGGUAUGCCAUCAGCCAGCACUAUUGGUUCGCUUGGAUGGAGCGCCGCGUGGCGGUCGGCUGGAGCCCGACCCGCGCCGCGCUGGCGCGGGUCGUCACGCACUCCGCGGUCUAUGCGCCCUUCAGUAUCGUGUCCCUCUUCGCAUGGAUGGGCUGGGCCCAUGGAGAGUCCAGUGAGGAGCUGCUGGCACACUGUCAUCCGGAGGCGGUGUUUGGUGUUUGGGCCGCCGGCACCGUCUUUUGGAUCCCCACGAUGUUGGCCGUCUACCGCUUUGUGCCGCUGCACGGCCGAGUGGCCUGGGGCCCUCAGACCAGUGGUUUUGAAGUCGUCUUUCAUCAGAACAGUGAGACCUACUCACGUUGUGACCUCUGGGGCCAACGUGCUUUGGAGCUGCUACCUCUCAUGGACUUCAGCUCGGAAGAGAGCGGACCAAAAAGCCUUACGCCGAAGAACCGGGUGGAGGAGUUGAUCACAGGGCCCAGUUGCGACUGCGAGCUGGGGGAUCUGGUAGCGCUGCAGAGCCAUGGUGGGGGUGGCCCUCUGCCGGGAAGCCAGGUGGGUACCUGGUCCUGGGGCAACGAGUCCUUUGGCCAUGGGCUCCGGCCCGGCAGCCGCGGGGCGAAGGAGGCGGCGCGAGCGACCUUCGACGCGGCGAUCCGCCAUGGCAGCUACUUCUUCGACACCGCGCCGACCUACGGCCGCGGCUUCGCAGAGGAGAGCCUAGGGCACCUUUGCCAUCAUGGACCGUACGCGGUGGUUGCUACGAAGCACUUCCCACGACCACAGCAGGACUUGACGGCAGCCCUCCUGUCCACUGCGCGAGAGGACCCCUUCGAUGUGAAGAAGCGUGGCUCCAGCUACUUCACGGAGUUCCGCGCGGGGCUGACCACGUUCCUGGCGAUGGCCUACAUCCUUCCAGUGAACAGUGGAAUGCUCAGCUUAGUGAUCCCUGGCAUGCGCGAGCAGCUGGUCUGUGCCACCGCCCUGGCGGCCUUUUGUGGAUGUUGGUUGAUGGGGAUCUUGUCCAACUAUCCCUUCAUGUUGGCACCUGGCAUGGGCACCAACGCCUUUUUCACCUUCACCAUUUGUUUGGGCAGGGGCUUGCCAUACCAAGCGGCCUUUGCGGCGGUCUUCGUGGCUGGGUGGAUUUUCAUGCUCCUGAGCAUUACGGGACUGCGCACCUUGAUGAUCCGACUCUUUCCCGAAGGCAUCAAGGAGAGCAUCGGCGCGGGCGUGGGACUCUACUUGACUUUCAUUGCCUUUCAGUCGUCUGAAGGCAUGGGCUUGUCCGUUAAGGACCCAGCAACUCUGGUGACACUCAACAGCCUGAGCCCCGACAGCUACGAUGCGGCCAAGCUGUGGCUGAGCCUGGCCGUGUUGUGCCUCACAGCGACACUGUUUGCAGCCAAGGUGCCGGGCGCUCCCUUGAUUGGGAUCAUCUUUGGCACCAUGGUCUGCUGGAUCGAAGGAUUUGCCAGGGGUGAGGAGCAGUCCGUCUUCGGGUAUCCCUUUGGCACGAAGGGCCACCGUGAUGCGAGCUUCCACAUCUACCUGCCCACCAGCCUGGUCGCCCAGCCGUCUCUAAGCGGUCUCUCAGGAGCACUUUGGAGUGGCUUUGGGGCAGCCACGGAUCCUGCCAUGGCGUCCACCUUCUGGACGGCGGUGGCCACCUUCUGCUACACCGACCUCUUGGACUCCUCCGGCACCUUCUUCGCGGUGGCCAAGGUCGCGGGCUUGACCGACGCGCGGGGCAACCUGCCGCUGGCGCGGCAGAACAUGGCCUACCUGGCCGAUGCGAUUGCGGCGCUCAUCGGAUCCAUGCUAGGCGUUUCCACCGUGGCCACCUUCGCGGAGUCCACGGCGGGCGUGGCGGACGGCGCGAAGACGGGGCUGGCGCCCCUGGUCACCGGUUUUCUGCUGGCGAUCCCCAUCGCGCCCGUGGUCUCCGCGGUGCCUCCCUUGGCCUCCGGGCCGAUCUUGUGCCUGCUGGGUGCCUUGAUGUGCAGCUCGGUGCGGGGCAUCGAUUGGGAGGACUACCAGGAGUCGAUGCCGGCUUUCCUGUCCAUGGUGACCAUGCCCUACACCUUCAGCAUUGGCUACGGAAUCAUUGCAGGUCUGGUCCUUUGGGUGGUGAUCCAGUUGCUGCUGAUCCCAAUGCGCCUGGGAAAGAAGGAGGAUCCCUUUGUGCGCUUCAAGGCCCUGUGGGCCGGGGUCUUUGUCGAGGCGGAGGAGGAGUUUAGCCCUUCUGAGAAGGAGAAUCUGAGUGAUUUGGAUACGGAUGUUGGCAGCUCGGGCUCUGCCGAGCCAUGA